AACACGUUGGCCGGUUGAUCUGCAGUUACACCAGAUUUUGACAGGCCUUCUCUCAAAUUGAAAGACAGUAAGAAAAUAUGCCACCUAAAAAGAAGGAAGUAGAUAAGCCUCCUCCAUUGAUUGGUAGAGUUGGUACAUCAUUGAAAAUUGGUAUAGUCGGUUUACCUAAUGUUGGGAAGUCAACAUUUUUCAAUGUUUUAACAAAGAGUCAAGCAACUGCAGAAAAUUUUCCUUUUUGCACUAUAGACCCUAAUGAAAGUAGAGUGCCAGUUCCUGAUGCCAGAUUUGACUUUUUAUGUGAACAUCAUCAGCCUGCAAGUAAAGUACCUGCGUUUUUACAAGUAGUUGAUAUUGCUGGUCUGGUAGAAGGAGCUCAUGAAGGAAAAGGUCUAGGAAAUGCCUUUUUAUCCAAUAUUAAAGCAUGUGAUGCCAUGUUCCAUGUCACAAGAGCGUUCGAUGAUGAUGAUAUAAUACAUGUUGAUGGUGAAGUUAAUCCAGUACGAGAUUUACAAACAAUACAUGAUGAACUUAGAUUAAAAGAUUUAGAUUAUGUCAUCAAACAGUUAGAACCACUCGAGAAAACAGUGGCCAGGGAAGGAAAAUCAGCUGAUAAGAAGAAAAAAAUAGAAUAUGAUUGUUUAGUUCGUGUCAGAGAUUGUUUACAAAGUAAAAAAUGGGUACGAAAUGAAACAUGGAAUGGGGCUGAGAUUGAAGUUUUAAAUAUACAUUUGUUUAUAACAUCUAAACCUGUUAUAUAUUUAGUUAAUUUAUCUAUUAAAGAUUAUGUUAGGAAGAAAAAUAAAUGGUUGGUGAAAAUUAAAGAAUGGAUUGAUGCCAAUGACAAGGCAGCUUUAUGUAUACCAUUUAGUGGAGCUCUAGAAUUAGAGUUGUUUGAUUUACAAACAGAAGAAGAAAGACAAGCCAAAUUAAAAGAAUUAGGUACCACUAGUGCUUUAGAAAAAAUAAUAGUUAAUGGAUAUAAGGCUUUAAAUUUGAUAUAUUUCUUUACUGCUGGUAAAGAUGAAGUUAAAGCUUGGACCAUUCAGGUUGGAACCAAAGCGCCUGGAGCUGCAGGCAGGAUUCACACAGAUUUUGAGAAAGGUUUUAUUAUGGCUGAAAUCUAUUCUUAUGAUGACUUUAAAGAACUUGGUUCUGAGGCAGCUGUAAAGAAUGCUGGUAAAUAUAAACAGAAAGGAAAAGAUUAUGUUGUGGAAGAUGGUGAUAUCAUAUUCUUUAAAUUUAACGCAGGAGCAGGACUUACAGCUAAAAAGAAGUGAAAUAAUCCAUCACUUGUAUUAUUUGUCAAAUUUUUAAUUGUAAUAUCCUCACAUUUUGUGUUUUCAUCCCUUAGAUUGGAAGAAAUUGAGAUAUAGAAUAUACUGUUAGGCAAAAAGACUUCACUACUGAUAACAGACACUGGCAACUACUUGUUCUGCAUUUUCAAAAUGAUGAAAGGUAAUGAAAGGUAUUGCGAACUGCGUCUUAUACCUUUACUGCAAUAGUCACCUUUCUUGUAUCACAAUGUAAUUGGAUUGUACGCCAGUGAAUACAGUCAAUCAAAUAGUCUCAAUAGAAUAACUACACAUUAUGGCUUAUUGUUUACAGAUUUCAUGUCAUUGACUCUGAUUGGCAGUUUUCUCUAACUUACAAUCCAAUCAAAUCACUGCAAACAAGUACGAAGUUUAGAGCAGCUUGAAAUUGUAAAGAUGCAUGUUUCUGUGGUCAAUAACUCAUUUAAUUAAACCUUCAACUGCUUCUAGUUGUUGCCAUAAACACUAUUUUACACUGACUUUCUCUGAUAGCUUUACUUUCAUGUAUAAACAAUUAAAAAUAAAGAUAUAUUUCUUUUGAUUUUCAGUAUAUAUAGACUAUCUAAUAAAUGAGAUUACAAUUUCGUUUUGUAAUUAUGUUCUUUUUGGUCUCCACGAUUAGAAUGAUAUAGACUAGUCUGGUUCUUAUAGCUUCCAACCUUGCAGUCAUUACUCCAAGUUCCAACUUAUUCCAGAUUUUUUUACAAUCUGAACAUUUAUUAGGCUGGUGUGUUUAUCAUUUGAUACAUUCAGUUACUGGCCAUAAUAUAAGAAGGUUGUUGAAGUAGCUUGUUUACUGCUUGUUGCAGGCAAACCAUCUACACGCAUUGUCAAUAAUAAUACUCAAAAGUCUAUACUAAUAUGUUGAAGUUUAUUUUUGUUUGAGGAAAGGGACACCUAACGACACGUGUAAUAAUUCAUGUAAAUGAAUUUAUUAAAAAUGAUUUAUAUCUAAAAAAAAAAAAAAAAAAAAAAAUAAAAAAAAAAGAAAAAAA